UCAUCUUCCUGUAGAUGCAGAUUAACGACUGAGUUCGCCAUUGAAGCUUCUCUCGUACACUGCUCUGCAUCUCCAUUUUUAAUCUUCCUUUUUCCUUCUCCUCCCAUGUUUUUGUGUGGUUUUUGUUUCGUAAUUCAUAUAUAAACAUAUACAGAGUUAUACUCUCACAAAUAUUUAUACUAUAGAUUGCGAGGAGAAGAUUAUCGUUAAACGAAAACAUAUUCUACAACUAGUUUUUUUGAAAUACUUCUUGAUCCAAUAUCUCGAUUGAUAAGAUGUUUAAAUAUAGUUUUUGGUCUUUUGCUUUCUCACAAAUUCUUCUGUUUAGAAUUGUUAGUUAGAUUUGUUCAUCUCUCAAAUAUUUUCCUAAAGCUUUUAAUGGAAUUUGUUGAUAAAUGUUACUAAGCUCACAUUUAGCGUUCUUCACGUCUUGCUUUUUGUUUUACUCUGACCAGGUACAAUGCUUUAAGAUUGUCCAUUUCAUUCCAGUUUUGAUCAUUAUCUUUAAAACUUUAUGCUAAAUUAGAAGUCAUAGAUGUUUAAUAUUUUCGUUACAAUUAUAAUAUUUUAAUUAAUCGAGUUUAGUAGGAUAAAAUUGUCUGUGUUUGAUUAGAUAGUGCCCGGUGGUGGGGGAGAUGAAAUUUGUAUUGGAAGAUUUUCAGGUGCAUGUGGUGCUGAAAUCCGAGACGUCUGAUUGGAAUCAAUGCUGAUAGAUGGAGGGUCCGGAUUGGCAGGUGGGGUAGAGGUGUAAGAUAUGUCUGUACUGCGGCAUGCAGCAGAUUGAAGCAGAGCACAUUUGGAAAUUCGGAGCUCCUUCCGCCAGAACACAACGGAAUCCGAGUUCAAUUCCCUAGCCAACAAUGAUCCAUCAUCAUCUUCCUGUAAUCUUCUUCUGCUUUCAAUUCCCUAAAAGCCAAUACAGCUUGCAGCAGAAGGCAAAAUUUUAGUUGGUUUUCGAUGUUAUUUCACAUAGGAUUCUUAUCUUUUUGAUUUGGCGCUGCGAAGAGUAGGAGCAGGUCCAGAUCAAACUACGAAAAAUGAGCUUGUCUUCUUGGUUUCGACGGAGACUUUUGAGGCAAAUCGACCAGUUUACCGAAAGUUCGAUUCCCUUGCGGAAAUCCGAUGGAGAGAAGGAAGAGCAAUUCCAUGGAGUCACAGACGCGUUGAUCGAAUUUGUCAAGUCCUUCACCAUUGAAACCUUCAAGAACUUUCCUCUUCAAGAUGAAGGGGAAGCACUUUGUGGUGAUCAAAAUCUCUCGGAUUGGCAGGAGCGACAUGCCGUUCUUGUGCUGUCUAAAGUCAAGGAAAUUUCCCAACUCAGAUAUAAGCUCUGCCCUGGACAUUUGAAGGAACACCAAUUCUGGAAAAUAUAUUUUGCCCUUGUCAAGAGCCUGGUGGUUGAAUAUGAACUGCGUGCAAUUCAACUUGAUAAACUUAGGAGGAUGGCUUUAGGGAAUGAGGGAUCUUCCAACUGCACUUCAUCAUAUGAAGUUGAAAUGGCAGAGACGAAUACUGCAUCACAUUUAGCUCCUGUAGGGCCACUAACUCCAUAAAACCAAAGCAUGCAUUUUGGUAUUUCAGGCUUAACAAGUUUAACUGUUGCCCAUACUCAUGAUCUGAUUUACUAGCUGAUGAAAUAUUGAAGAUGGUUUGAUGCUUCCUUCUGAAUCAACCAAAAAGUAUCUUUAGAAUUCCAACUGUGGCUGUACAAACCCAAGUUACAAUAGAGACCAGAAAAUUGUGAUUGCAUGACUUUAAUACAGCUUUCCAAGAACAUUUAUAUGUGAUUGCAUGAGUUAAAUAUAGUUUUCCAAGAGUACUUAUAUGUGAUUGCUACA